UUCAUACCUAUCUUUGGUUUUAGACAGAAUUUACUCAAGGUAUUGAUUUUCUUUAGAAACAAGGAACAAUUCCUUUUUUUACAGGUCCCUGAAAAGUGGAAUCGAUUUCUACAGACUUUUCUUGGUAAUUCUAGUUGAUUUUGUUUCAGCUAUAAGUAUUGGUGUUCUUUUGGUUUUUGAUUUGCCAUUGCGAAAAUGAAGAAUAAGUACAGUCCUCUUUCAGACUCUGACGAGUCAUUCAAAACGCUCAUUGAUGAGAAAUCAGAUAUACAUUCUUCAGAGGGUACGCCUCCUCCGUAUUCAGCUCCGAACAAAUUUAUUGAUUUAGAAAUGGCUGAUGGAUCCACUCAGCAUUCUGCCCAAGAGUCCACUAACAACGCUGGAUCGGAUUCGACAUAUUCGAUGUGGGUUUCAGCGAAUAUCUUCUUAUUUUUUGCGUCUCUUGUGUAUGUUGUAACUUCUUCCAUUUUUCUCGUGGUGUUUUUUUAUUUCAAGAUUCCUGUGAGGACGGAAACCUUUUGGGGACUUUCUGUUACCUGUCCAGUGUCCAUUGUAGUAUUUCUCUAUUCAAUUUCUCAAAUUCCUAAAGAAUGGUUCAAGCAAACUGGUAGAGUGCUGUCCAACAUGUGUGUCGCAGUAAUAUGUACGGCUUCUCUGAAUGGCGUUGGUUUCGUCGUCUAUUAUAAUGUAAAGAAAAUAAUAGGAUUUGAAAAGAUGAACGACAUUGCUUUCUAUGGUAUUUGCAUUGUUAACGUUGCCUUGUUUGUUUUAUUUUGGAGUACGGAUACGCGACAACUUCGAAUAUUCAUUGCUGAUUUAGGAAACGGCAUGGGAAGCAUAGGAUACGGCAUAAGAAAUGCUGCGAAUUAUGUUCGACCGACAGAUCCAGAAAAUGAAGCACCUCGUAACGAGGAAAUUGAGCUUCAACCUCUUGCUGAGCAAAGCGCUGAAGUUUGAGUUUUAACGAAUCUUCUCCAUCCCUCCUAUAAAUCACAUUUUCCUUCGAAGCAUCCAUAUCAAUUGCAAUCCCUCAAGUUUCUGCAUUCUUGUCCACAAAAGUAAGCAUCAGCUUCAUUCGGCAGGUUGGAUUGCUUUUCACGUUCACUCUUUUAUGAAUCUUUGGAUUCGUCUCGCAAUAGUGUUAUUUAUGAAUCGUUCGUUUUCUUUGUGACGAAAAUUUUUGUUAAUGCAACCUUUUUAAUGAUUAUUUAGUUGUUAUGACAAUAAUUUUGCAAAAUAAUCAACCGAUUUCUAAUUCAAAGCUGGAUAUAUUCAGAUUGGCCGUUUCAACUAAUGUAGUUUAAUAAUUUACUUCUCAAACUACAGCUUCGUCAACUGCUAUAAAUUCAGACAUUCAGUCUCAUACCUCAAUGACAAUCUAGCACAAUGUGAAUAGCUAGAAAAGAGAAAAUCAGUAUCAAAAACCAUCCUCUAUAAAUUUUGUAAAAUAUGAGAUGAUGAAUAUCCAAUACAUAUACUUUUCAUUACAUUGACAAUUGUCUACGGCCACACCUAGGCGAAAACACCAGUUCCCGUCCGAUCACUGCAGUUAAGCGUCUGAGGGUCUCGUUAGUACUAUGGUUGGAGACAACAUGGGAAUCCGGGAUGCUGUAGGCUUUUUCUUGAUUUUUUUCCUCUGGUUUUGCUGCUCUUUUUUUUUAUGAUUGCUUUUCUUUUUCUAAACAUUUGUACUGUUAUUCCUCGGUUUUAAAUCAAUGAAAGCUACUGUUGUUUACUAUGGAACUUAGUGGUUACCUCCGAGGUAACAGUAUUCAGCAAAGCAGAAUUGUUUACAGAAGGACAUAAGUAUUCUAUUCUGUUUAAAAGUA